GCACCUCUAUGAUGGUGCGCCCCUGGAUGAAUUGAGAGAGCUUUGCGGCCACUUGAAAAAGGAUAUGGGAAGCUGCGACGUUCCCACGCUCCUUCUGGCUGACCUGAGUUUCCCGGAGAAGGCAGUGGAAGCGCAACUGAAGUGGGAGCACAACAUCCAGCAUAUCCAUUUUGCACCGAUUCCCUACCCCACGAACAUCUGCAAG